CUAAGUUAAGCUUCUCCAAGUGGAUAUUAAAAGGGAGCAGUGAGCCUCCUGGCGGAGGGGCUGGAGGGGGUGGAGAGAAGCCGCCGGAAGCCGCUGCGCUGCCCCUCUCAGCCACCGCUCAGAGCCCAGACAGCGCUGCCCUGGCCAGCAGCACUCAGGACAGGACAGCAGACAGGCCAGACGGCGGGAUUUUUGAGGCCCUCGCUGCCUCCUCCUUCCCUCUAUCUCCCCCUCCUCUCCGUUGCCGCCUUUCACCUCCCGAUCCAAAGAGACAAUGCUACUUCAGUUUGGAGCACAAACACAUGAUCAGCACAUGGAAAUGUGGUGAUUUGGAUGCAUUCGUGAUUGCCACAGAUUGAAGAAAUUAGAGCAGACAAAGAGUGUUUUUGGAGGAGGAAGAGGAGGGAAGAGAAGAGGGAGGACGAGAAGGGAAAGCCGACUCCGGGAAGGGGGACGCCCGGGACUCCCGCCUGCUGUGGAUCUUCCCUGCAGUGAUGGAGAGAGACCGGAUCUCAGCCUUAAAAAGGUCUUUUGAGGUCGAGGAGGUCGAGACACCCAACUCUACUCCUCCCCGGAGGGUCCAGACCCCUCUCCUUCGGACCACGGUGACCAGCUCCACCCAGAAAUUCCAGGACCUGGGUGUGAAGAAUGCAGAGCCAGUGGCCCGCCAUGUAGACUCCCUGAGCCAGCGGUCUCCCAAGUCCUCCCUGCGGAGGGUUGAGCUCCCCGGAUCCAAGACCGAGCCUCUGUCCAGGCGCACGGAGAUCUCCAUUGACAUCUCGUCCAAGACGGUGGAGAACGCAGGCACCUCCGGCCCCUCCAGGUUCGGGCUCAAGCGGGCUGAGGUGCUGGGCCACAAGACGCCGGAGCCUACCCCUCGGAGGACGGAGAUCACCCUUGUCAAGGCCCAGGAGUCAGCCCACCGGAGGAUGGAGCCCCCUGUGGCCAAGAUCCCUGAGGUGCCCGCCGCCCCUGCUGCUGACACGGCCCCCAGGAGGGUGGAGAUCCAGGUGCCAAAGUCAACUGAGGGACCCGCCUCCCCCGCCCCAUCCCAGACCCUGGAGAAUUCAGAACCCACACCCCUGUCUCAGCUGCAUAGCCGACUAGAACCCAAGCCUCAGCCGCCCGUGACCGAGGCCCCACCCAAGAACCAGGAGGCCACUGAGGCAGCUUCCGGCUGCACUGGCGACAUGGCCGACACCCCCAGAGAUGGCGGGCUGAAGCAGGCCCCGGCGCCACGGAACGAGAAGGCCCCCGUGGACUUCGGCUAUGUGGGGAUCGACUCCAUCCUGGAGCAGAUGCGCAGGAAGGCCAUGAAGCAGGGCUUUGAGUUCAACAUCAUGGUGGUCGGGCAGAGCGGCUUGGGGAAGUCCACCCUGAUCAACACCCUCUUCAAAUCCAAAAUCAGCCGCAAAUCCGUGCAGCCCCCCUCAGAGGAGCGCAUCCCAAAGACCAUUGAGAUCAAGUCUAUCACACAUGAUAUCGAGGAGAAGGGUGUCCGCAUGAAGCUCACCGUCAUUGACACACCGGGUUUCGGGGACCACAUCAACAAUGAGAACUGCUGGCAGCCCAUCAUGAAGUUCAUCAACGACCAGUACGAGAAGUACCUGCAGGAGGAGGUGAACAUCAACCGCAAGCAGCGCAUCCCCGACACGCGCGUCCACUGCUGCCUCUACUUCAUCCCCGCCACCGGCCACUCCCUCCGGCCCCUGGACAUUGAGUUCAUGAAGCGUCUGAGCAAAGUGGUCAACAUCGUCCCGGUCAUUGCCAAGGCUGACACACUGACCCUGGAGGAGAGGGUCUACUUUAAACAGCGGAUCACUGCAGACCUGCUGUCCAACGACAUUGACGUGUACCCCCAGAAGGAGUUUGACGAGGACCCCGAGGACCGGGUGGUGAAUGAGAAAUUCCGGGAGAUGAUCCCGUUCGCAGUGGUGGGCAGUGACCACGAGUAUCAGGUCAACGGGAAGAGGAUCCUGGGGAGGAAAACCAAAUGGGGCACCAUCGAAGUUGAGAACACCACACACUGUGAGUUUGCUUACCUGCGGGACCUCCUCAUCAGGACGCACAUGCAGAACAUCAAGGACAUCACCAGCAGUAUCCACUUCGAGGCCUACCGGGUGAAGCGUCUGCACGAGAGCAACAUGGCCAACGGCGUGGAGGAGGGGCCCCACACCCAGGAGAUGUAGGCAUCCCACUCGGACCCCAGAGUUCUCUGCCCCCCCCCCCCCGGCCUGCCUGCACCCCUUUUAUUUUAUAUGAUUUUCUCCAAUUGUCA